AAAUUUAAAGGAUGAAAACUUUACUGUAUUUGUGUCUCGUUGGUUUUACAGCAACUACAGUGCCGUUAAAACAUGAUGAAGUCAAUUAUCCACGUUUCGUCAAAUUAUCAGAUAAUGACGACGUUAUGCAAACCGUGGAUUUGGAGGAGCAGCCGGACACUACGCUAUUAGAAGAUAUCUAUAGAAACCCUGAUAAUAACCGAUACCUUCUAUACACGAGAGAUAAUCCUUUGGCACCUCAGACACUACAAAUUAAUAAUACCUUUGGUGUAUUUUUUUCGAAAUUUCAUGCCUGGAAACCAACUGUUGUUAUUGCUCACGGAUGGCUAAGUGACCAAAAUACUGAAGUAAAUAUUGCUCUCACGGAUGCAAUUCUUCGUAAAAGUAACGUCAAUGUUAUUGUUAUGGAAUGGAGAAGACUCGCGCUAUCUAGUUAUGUAACUGCUGUAACUGGUGUGCCUGCGGUUGGUCGCAGACUAGGACAGUUCUUAGAAUUCCUUCACAGAGCUACAGGAGCACCUUUCGAAUCUAUGCACCUUAUUGGUUAUAGUUUAGGUGCCCAUUUAGUUGGUAACGCUGGCCGAGAACUUGGUGGCAGAGUUGCGCGCAUUACGGGGUUGGAUCCAGCAGGACCAUUAUGGAAUCUUAAUAGUAAUCGUCUUAGAUCAUCUGAUGGUAUUUAUGUAGAAGUUAUACAUACUGACGGAGGAGUUCUUGGACAGGGAAUUGGAUCAGCUAUAGCUGAUGCUGACUUUUUCCCCAACGGUGGCGUAUCUCAGCCUGGUUGCUUAACAAGCUUCUGUCAUCACAAACGCGCAUGGGAGUUAUUUGCUUCAAGCGUUACUUAUGACCAUUUCUUAGGUAGAGAGUGCUCAAGCAUGCUUCAAGUGUCUUUGAAUAUUUGUCAUGGUAAAAUUUUUAAAAUGGGCAAUGGUGAUAUACGUAAAAGAGGCUCGGGAUUGUACAGAUUAAAUACUGGAAGAAGAUAUCCUUUUUAGGACUACAUUUUGUAUCAAUGUGCUUUAAGAUAAGAUCUUGAUAUAUAAGACAAUCUUAUACGAGUUUUGUUCGUUAAUGAAAUUAAAGCAUAUU